UUUUUGGUCUCUCCAGCAGCGUCUUUUCUUAAGCGGCAGCGGCAGCGGGAGGAAAAGCAGCCCCAGCUAUGACUGCCGCAUGUUAAUAGCUGCCGCUUGGGUCCCUCGGCUGCUGCUGGAGACAGAGCCUGACUCCGAAGUUGUUCAACUGUGGACUGGAAGAGACAUUUGAACCCUCCACUCCCUUUGCUCCGUUUUUACCCCCUUGGUGUGUGUGAAGCGAGGAAACGUAAAGGAAGACAAACAUUUGGCUUUUGCCCCCUCCUCUCUUCCCUUUUCUUCAUGGCUGUGUAGCAGAAGAAAGGGGGAAGGAAAGACUUUUUGUUGUUUCCUUGGCUGGGGUCUCCACCCUCCUGCUGCCUUCUCUGCGCUUUGGCUAUCAUUCUUGGACACGUGCAGUGGGGGUGUCUUCGCUGGGGCCGCUCGGUCUUUUGCCCCGAGCUCCAUGGCUGGAUUGUGGAAACCACCGGGCUGCAGGUUGUUGAACAACUGAUGGGACGAUCUCAGGGACCGGCGGUUACGAAAGAAAUGUUUAAAUGUUCAGUAAAUCGGAGGAAAAAAACAUGGAUUUUUAGCAACUGAAGAGCAAAUAAAGGAUUCAGAUUUGGGAUAUUGGUGUUUCUGUUUUGAAGAAUAUUUCCUUUUGAGCUUUUUUUUUUUAAUCAUCGGUCUUGGACUACAGAAGAAUCAGAAAGACACUUAUUUUGUUUCAAGUUUGGAACAGUCACUCUUGAGGCACUCUCAUGCCUGAGAACACGACCAUGUGGCCAUCACAGCUACUAGUCUUCAUGAUGCUCUUAGCACCGAUAGUUCAUGGUGGCAAGCACAGUGAGCGACAUCCAGCCCUUGCUGCUCCACUGCGACAUGCUGAGCGCAGCCCAGGAGGCGCUCUACCUCCCAGACAUCUCCUUCAGCAGCCAGCUGCGGAGCGCGCCACUGCUCAUCGUGGACAAGGGCCCCGUGGAGCUGCCAGAGGAGUUCGUGGUCCAGGUGCCCAAGGAGCUCAGAUCUCAGCCCAAGCUUUCAGCCGUGCCCCAAUUCCGAUGGCUGUGGUCCGCAGAGAGCUCUCCUGUGAGAGCUACCCCAUAGAGCUCCGCUGUCCAGGAACAGAUGUCAUCAUGAUUGAAAGCGCCAACUAUGGGAGGACUGAUGACAAAAUUUGUGACUCUGACCCUGCUCAGAUGGAGAAUAUACGAUGCUAUCUGCCUGAUGCCUAUAAGAUUAUGUCUCAAAGGUGCAAUAACAGAACCCAGUGUGCAGUGGUGGCAGGUCCCGAUGUUUUUCCAGACCCAUGUCCGGGAACCUAUAAAUACCUUGAAGUGCAGUAUGAAUGUGUCCCUUACAUUUUUCUUUGUCCUGGACUACUAAAAGGAGUAUACCAGAGUGAACAUUUGUUUGAGUCCGACCACCAAUCUGGGGCAUGGUGCAAAGACCCUCUGCAGGCUUCUGACAAGAUAUAUUAUAUGCCCUGGACCCCCUACAGGACUGAUACCCUGACUGAGUACUCAUCCAAGGAUGACUUCAUUGCUGGAAGGCCAACUACAACCUACAAGCUCCCUCACAGGGUGGAUGGCACAGGAUUUGUAGUGUAUGACGGAGCUUUGUUCUUCAAUAAAGAGCGCACCAGGAACAUAGUAAAGUUUGAUUUGCGGACUAGGAUAAAGAGUGGAGAGGCUAUCAUAGCAAACGCCAAUUACCAUGAUACCUCCCCUUACCGUUGGGGAGGCAAAUCUGACAUAGACCUGGCAGUGGAUGAGAAUGGGCUAUGGGUAAUCUAUGCAACAGAACAAAACAAUGGUAAAAUUGUCAUUAGUCAGUUGAACCCUUACACCCUACGGAUUGAAGGGACAUGGGAUACUGCAUAUGAUAAAAGGUCAGCUUCCAACGCAUUUAUGAUAUGUGGGAUUCUGUAUGUGGUCAAAUCUGUAUACGAGGAUGAUGACAAUGAGGCCACAGGGAAUAAGAUUGACUACAUUUACAACACCGACCAAAGUAAGGAUAGUUUGGUGGAUGUACCCUUUCCCAAUUCCUACCAGUACAUAGCAGCUGUGGAUUACAAUCCCAGGGACAACCUUCUUUAUGUAUGGAAUAACUAUCACGUCGUGAAAUAUUCUUUGGAUUUUGGACCUCUGGAUAGUAGAUCAGGACAGGCACAUCAUGGACAGGUACCAUACAUCUCUCCACCAAUUCACCUUGACUCUGAGCUAGAAAGACCCCCUGUUAGAGGACCUCUUGGCACGGGAAGCACCACCACCAGUACCACCCUUCGGACCACAACUUGGAGCCCAGGCAGGAGUACCACCCCAUCGGUGUCAGGAAGAAGAAACCGGAAUACCAGCACACCAUCUCCAGCAGUUGAGGUACUUGACGACAUUACCACACACCUUCCGUCAGGAUCAUCCCAAAUCCCAGCUCUAGAAGAGAGCUGUGAGGCUGUGGAAGCUCGAGAAAUCAUGUGGUUUAAGACCCGUCAAGGACAGAUGGCAAAGCAGCCGUGCCCUGCAGGAACUAUAGGAGUAUCAACUUAUCUAUGCCUGGCUCCUGAUGGAAUCUGGGAUCCCCAAGGACCAGACCUUAGCAACUGUUCUUCUCCUUGGGUCAGCCAUAUAACACAGAAGUUGAAAUCUGGAGAGACAGCUGCCAACAUUGCUAGAGAACUGGCUGAACAGACAAGAAAUCAUUUGAAUGCUGGAGAUAUCACUUAUUCAGUCCGGGCCAUGGAUCAGCUGGUAGGCCUCCUAGAUGUACAGCUCCGGAACUUGACCCCAGGUGGAAAAGAUAGUGCUGCACGAAGUUUGAACAAGCUUCAGAAAAGAGAGCGCUCUUGCAGAGCCUAUGUCCAGGCAAUGGUCGAGACAGUUAACAACCUCCUCCAGCCGCAAGCCUUGAAUGCCUGGAGAGACCUGACUACAAGUGAUCAACUACGUGCAGCCACCAUGCUGCUUGACACUGUGGAGGAAAGUGCUUUUGUGCUGGCUGAUAACCUUUUGAAGACUGACAUCGUCAGGGAGAACACAGACAAUAUUCAAUUGGAAGUUGCAAGGCUGAGCACUGAAGGAAACUUAGAAGACCUAAAGUUUCCAGAAAACAUGGAUCAUGGAAGCACUAUCCAGCUCUCUGCAAAUACUCUAAAACAAAAUGGCCGAAAUGGAGAGAUCAGAGUGGCCUUUGUCCUGUAUAACAACUUGGGUCCUUAUUUGUCCACGGAGAAUGCCAGCAUGAAGUUGGGAACAGAGGCUAUGUCCACCAAUCAUUCUGUUAUCGUCAAUUCCCCAGUUAUUACAGCAGCAAUAAACAAAGAAUUCAGUAAUAAGGUUUAUUUGGCUGAUCCUGUGGUGUUCACUGUUAAACACAUCAAGCAGUCUGAGGAAAACUUCAAUCCUAACUGUUCAUUUUGGAGCUAUUCCAAGCGCACAAUGACAGGUUAUUGGUCAACCCAAGGCUGUCGGCUCCUGACAACAAAUAAGACACAUACUACAUGCUCUUGUAACCACCUAACCAAUUUUGCAGUACUGAUGGCACAUGUGGAAGUUAAGCACAGUGAUGCGGUCCAUGACCUUCUUCUGGAUGUGAUCACAUGGGUUGGAAUUUUGCUGUCCCUUGUUUGUCUCCUGAUUUGCAUCUUCACAUUUUGCUUUUUCCGUGGGCUCCAGAGUGACCGUAACACCAUCCAUAAGAACCUCUGCAUCAGCCUUUUUGUAGCAGAACUGCUCUUCUUGAUCGGGAUCAACCGAACAGAUCAACCAAUUGCCUGUGCCGUUUUUGCUGCUCUCUUACAUUUCUUCUUCUUGGCUGCCUUCACGUGGAUGUUCCUGGAGGGAGUGCAGCUGUAUAUCAUGCUGGUGGAGGUUUUUGAGAGUGAACAUUCACGAAGGAAAUACUUUUACCUGGUCGGCUAUGGGAUGCCUGCGCUCAUUGUGGCUGUGUCAGCUGCAGUAGACUAUAGGAGUUAUGGAACAGAUAAAGUAUGUUGGCUCCGACUUGACACCUACUUCAUUUGGAGUUUUAUAGGACCAGCGACCUUGAUAAUUAUGCUUAAUGUAAUCUUCCUUGGGAUUGCUUUAUAUAAAAUGUUUCAUCACACUGCCAUUCUGAAACCUGAAUCGGGCUGUCUUGAUAAUAUCAAGUCAUGGGUUAUAGGUGCAAUAGCUCUUCUCUGCCUAUUAGGACUGACCUGGGCCUUUGGACUCAUGUAUAUUAAUGAAAGCACAGUCAUCAUGGCGUAUCUCUUCACCAUUUUCAAUUCUCUACAGGGAAUGUUUAUAUUCAUUUUCCAUUGUGUCCUACAAAAGAAGGUACGAAAAGAGUAUGGGAAAUGUCUGCGAACACAUUGUUGUAGUGGCAAAAGUACAGAGAGCUCCAUUGGCUCAGGGAAAACAUCUGGUUCUCGAACUCCUGGGCGGUAUGCCACAGGCUCACAGAGCCGAAUUCGUAGGAUGUGGAAUGACACGGUCCGAAAGCAGUCAGAGUCUUCCUUCAUUACUGGAGAUAUAAACAGUUCAGCAUCACUCAACAGAGGAGCCAUGGCUAAUCAUCUUAUAAGCAAUGCUCUGCUUCGUCCGCAUGGUACUAACAAUCCCUAUAAUACAUUGCUUGGGGAACCGGCGGUCUGUAACAACCCUUCUGUCAGCAUGUACAACGCACAAGAGCCCUACAGAGAGACAAAGGGGCUUCUGAACAAUGCCAGGGAUACAAGUGUCAUGGAUACUCUACCACUGAAUGGUAACCAUGGCAAUAGUUACAGCAUUGCCAGUGGCGAAUACUUGAGCAACUGUGUGCAAAUCAUAGACCGUGGCUAUAACCAUAACGAGACCGCCCUAGAGAAAAAGAUUCUGAAGGAACUCACUUCCAACUAUAUCCCGUCUUACCUGAAUAACCAUGAGCGCUCCAGCGAACAGAACAGGAAUCUGAUGAACAAGCUGGUGAAUAACCUGGGCAGUGGGAGUGAAGAUGAUGCCAUUGUCCUGGAUGAUGCCACCUCCUUUAACCAUGAGGAGAGUCUGGGCCUAGAACUUAUUCAUGAGGAAUCUGAUGCUCCUUUGCUGCCCCCAAGAGUUUACUCCACAGAGAACCACCAGCCACAUCAUUACACCAGAAGGCGGAUCCCCCAAGACCACAGUGAGAGCUUUUUCCCUUUGCUAACCAACGAGCACACAGAAGAUCUCCAGUCACCCCAUAGGGACUCUCUCUACACCAGCAUGCCGGCACUGGCUGGUGUGCCUGCCGCAGAGAGCGUUACCACCAGCACCCAGACCGAACCCCCACCGGCCAAAUGUGGUGAUGCCGAAGAUGUUUACUACAAAAGCAUGCCAAACCUAGGCUCCAGAAACCACAUCCAUCAGCUGCAUACCUACUACCAGCUAGGUCGCGGUAGCAGUGAUGGAUUUAUAGUUCCUCCAAACAAAGAUGGGACCCCUCCAGAGGGGAGUUCAAAAGGACCUGCUCAUUUGGUCACUAGCCUAUAGAAGAUGACAGAAAUUUAAGCCAACAAAACUGCUAACACCUGGUUGACUGUUCUGAGUUGAUAUAAGCAGUGGUAAUAAUGUGUGUACUCCUAAAUCUUUAUGCUGUUCUUAAACGACAAACACAAACUCUCAGACUUCUUUUUUUUUUCUUUUUUCUUUUUAAACUGGGAUUUUUUUAGGUCAGCCCAGGGGAGAAAGAUAAUUGCUGAAAUUCCCCUGUGCCAGCUUCUUUCCUGUCCUUCCCCCCUCAGAUGGAGACUUCAUUAUGUUAAUGAACGAGAUUUGAAGAAAAUGGCGCUCAUUGUGGCCUUGUUGAAUUAUGUUGUGUUUGUUCUAACAUCUCUGAUGCUCUGUUACUAUAAUUACAAGGACCUGAUUUUUUGAAAGGCCAGAACACUUGUUUGAAAUUAGUAACAAUGCUGCAUCUAGAUUGGAGUGCUGCACAAACAUAAAAUCAAAGCAAACUAUCACAUAGUGGUUUUUAGUCGCUCACAGCCUGAAUUCACCACAGCGGGAAUAGCUGAGGUGUACAAAAUAAAACAACAAAAUCGAUAGUGAAAUGGAGGGGAAUUCUAGAAUUAUAUGCUAAAUGCAUAUUUUAUGAUUUGCUGUAUUAACUGAUGAUAAAACUAAUGGCAGAAAAAAAAUUUGAACAAUUCUAUGUAAUGUACAGAUACUAGCAUUGCACAUGUAGUCUGCUUUCUGUUCUUCCAGAAUUUGAGUCCUGUUAAUGUAGUGGAAAAAAAAGAAAUUUUCUUUUUCUUUCGUGCUGGUCUUGCAAGUUUGUCUACCAGUAAGAGAGCAAAGUUUCCUUCCUUUCUUCUUUCUUUCUUCAUUUUCUUUUUUUUUACUUUCUUUCUUUUGUUCUUUUUUUUUUUUUGCCUUUUUUUUCUUUAAAAUUUCACAUGGCAAAAAAUAAAUAAAUAAAUAAAUAAAUAAAUAAAUAAAUGAAGCUAUCACUUUAUAAGAAUCAUUUUCUAGUAAUGCAAACAAAUUAUUUUUUACAAAAAAAAUAAAAUAAAUAAAAUUAGACUUCCUUCCCUCACUAUAUAUCUUUAUUCAGUCAGAAUAUUUCCAAGAACAUUUUUGCAAUUAGAGCAGGAAGAACUUUUCUGUUUACAGUGCACAUCUGUUGUAAUGCAAAGCAUAUUUGGCAAGCAGUUCAUCACUAAGAGAGUAGCUAUGAUUCUAGAAGUAAAGAGGUGUCAAUAGAACUAGUGGGGCUUCUGCAUGUGAAAAAUGGUAUCCCAUGGGUGUGAAAGUGCUGAAUGCUCAGUCUGUUCCCCAAGUGGGCACCUGCACUACCAAUUUUUAAAAGAAAUUCACUCCCUCGUAGAAAGAAUCAAAAGGUCAAUUAUUUUGAAGUGAUUUUUUAAAAAACUCUUCUGUUUAUUAACAGGAAAAUUUAUUUAUUUGACAGGAUUUUAAGUAAUGUAGGAAUACAAGAGGUAAAUUAGCAGCACAUAUAAUUUUUUUUAAACUUAUGAUCCAUUUUGUAUGGUCUCAAAGUUGGAUGACCUCAUUACUAAUAUUUGUUGUAAAAGUGAAACUUGUUUGCCAACCAAUAAACAACUGAUUGAGAUUUAGAAGAUAUUGUAUUGAUGUAUGUACUAUAUGAUUAAUUAUUCUUUUCAUUUUUCUCGUCUUUCCUUCUGUUUUCAAUAUAUAAACUUUGCUAAUCCUCUAUGGCCCAAAUGAGCCAUGCAAAAGAAAUCAACCUGCCUAAACUAAGCACAAAAUUAUACAGUUUUUGCAAAAUAAUCCAGAAAAAUGGGAUGGGCACGUUUAUGUUGGCUGAAAUAAGAUGCAUAACGUACUUUCGAGCAGGUUAAUAUAUAGGUUACUAUGUGCUUAUUUAUAAGCCAACUGCAGUCACACAGCUUAUUAUAAAUAAGUCAGCUUCAGUCAGAGAUUUAAGUAUUGAACUGGGGAAGGGGGGAAUCAUUUUUUUUCCUCCCUUGUAUGCUUCAUUUUGAUGUUGGAUAUUAAAUUCACUCAAUUGGCUAAAAAUGCAAGAAUAAUGGCAAGAAGAAUAUCCAUUUUAUAAAGAUGGUACUAUAAGACAGUUUUUUGCCAAUUUUUUGUUUUUCUAUAUAUGGAUAAAAUGGGAGGGAAAAAGUCCUUUUAAAGAAACUUCCUGGAUCUCCAAUUACUGAAGAAUCUUUACCAGCAGUGUCCAAGCAUGGAGACCCUCCUAGGGCAAAGUUAGAAUGAAUUUGCCAAAUUGUAAUUUCUGUUAUGUUAUGUGAUAUCUUGGCAAUUUCUUUUUCUUUAUUUUUUCAAAAAAAAUUUAAGCACCAGCCACUUAUAAAUGAAUUUCUUAAGAUUAGAAGGAGUAGUUUAGAGAAUAGCCAGUAAUCUAUACAUACAGUUUUAAAAUAUGUAACAAAAGAAAAAAUUCUGUGCUGGGCCAGAGUAUAUCAUAACCUUAAAUUAAUAUCACCUCAAAAUAUCUUAUGUACCAUUCCUUUUUAGUCACUUGACAUAAGUAUUUUUUAAGUCUACAGAUUUUCUCUAAGUUGCAGGAGAACCACAAGCUUUAAUAGUAAUUAGGUUUUCUCAUACCACUUAUGGCAAUAUUAGCACCUGAAAGGUGGUUAGCCUAUCUGUUACAUAGAAUACAUUUGGUAAUGAAAGAAUCCUUUUUAGACAUGUUUAAGGUAACUUCAGAAACACAAAUGUAGUCUGUGGAUUUAUGAGUAUUUAUGCUAGUUUUGCCAAUCCAACAGUAAUCUAUAUGAAAGCAGCUCCAUCAAUAAGAAGCUAGUUUCACAGAAUAAUGGGGAAACUACCUCAAUUCAGCUUGCUGUUGCUGCCGAUUCUGAUUUUCUGCUAUUGCUACCUCCCUGCCCAUUAUCUUUUGUGUUUCAUUGUAGGGAAAUUUGAAGCCAAUAGCUUCCCAGCUCUACAUAGUCCAAAUUGAAGAAAAUCACUUGAAUACAUAAACUGGUACGGAAAGCCAUUCAGUCCUGUUAGUUACUACCAAGUUCUUACAUCAAGAUGAAAGGGUGAGAUUUUUGAACUCGCAUACAUUGUAAUUGGUGUGCUUUCAGUGAGACUUAUGAUCCCAAAGACCUUCACAUGAAGAUAUUAUUCCCCCAAAUUGAAUAUGACUAUAAUGAAAACAAAACUGGAUGAAAGUUAAUUAUGUAUACAUUUCAAUAGAAAUUUGUGUAUGUCUAACAUGUACUCAUUUAGUCCUCUUUACACUAGCAAGGGUUGAAUUCCUGAACUUUAAUCUUUGUUUUACAUGCAUUUUCAUGUGUAGUGACUGAUAAAUUAAUAAUUUUAAAAUUUUCUCAUUUUUUGCCAUCUUUGGCUGACUCUAUAUUUGCAAUACCCUGUGACAUUCAUGACCUUAUUUGCAUAUUUCUGAUGUGUUUAUCUGAUUUGCCAUUAAGAAGUGAAUUUUCAUCAAAUAUACUAUACAUACAUAGCACAUUAUUUGGAUAGCUGGAAGUAAAAGAUAUGCCAAUGAAACAAAUUAUUAUUUCCAAGUAAAAUAAUAUUUUCAUAACAUUUUACACUUAUUUUUCCUCUUUGAGGUCUAUUUCACUUGAUACUUUAUUAGGACACUAGCUAACAAACCUCAUGUUAUUUGAUUCAGAAGCUGUUGGAUUGUUGCACAGCUCACAAUCCUAAUUGAUAAUAUUUAUGGAGAAGUAUAAAUUUUGUGAAGGAGAAUAGGCUGGAAUUCCAAUUCAAUUUUUGAACAUCCCUCUUUGUUUUCACUCUACUAAAAUUAAAAAUACUAUACUUAAAUAAUAAUUGCUCUGCUAAAAUAAUCAUAAUGACAAAAAAGAACUGGCAGGAGGACAAUCAUCUUGAGAUAAAAAUAGUGAGGAAAAUGUAGUAAUCAAAUGCAGGUACUGGAAACCCCUUAACUUCCUGUAAUACAAAUUCACAAUGACUUAAAUUAAAAUGUAGUUUACGAUGUGUAUUUUUAAAUUCCCCAUUAAUCUAAAAAUGUUGACAUAUUGAUGAAAAGUCUUUGAGAUUUCAUUUUGUAAUUUUUUAAUAUUAACUUGGUGUAACAUGUUUUCAUAAUAAUGGAGAUAAGCAUGUAAGUGAAUUAGUAAUUUUAUAAAGAACCCAUAGACAUAAAUUUAGGCAAUAUCUUCAGCUUUACCCCCCAUGCUUGUUCAGAUCCAUUGACUAAUUUGCUUAUUUUUAAAAAAUGACAUUAAAAACUUCAAAGACUGACUUUUUGCUCAAUUAUAGAGACCAAAAGGGAGAGGAAAAAUAUUUCUUCUGGGUUGUCUAAGGAUCAACUUCAAAUU